AUAUUUUCCAAUUUAUCCCUGAAUGAGCGUUGCCUUUCAGCAUCAUUAGUCUGUAAAUAUUGGCGUGACCUCUGUUUAGAUUUUCAGUUUUGGAAGCAACUGGAUCUCAGUAGUCGUCAGCAGGUCACUGAUGAGCUGUUGGAAAAGAUAGCAUCAAGAAGCCAGAAUAUUACUGAAAUCAAUAUUUCUGAUUGUCGGAAUGUAUCUGAUACAGGAGUAUGCAUAUUAGCAAUUAAUUGUCCUGGAUUGCUAAGGUAUACUGCCUACAGAUGUAAACAGCUUUCUGACACCUCAAUUAUUGCUGUUGCCUCUCAGUGUCCUCUUCUUCAGAAAGUGCAUGUAGGCAAUCAAGACAGACUCACUGAUGAAGGCCUGAAGCAGCUGGGUUCAAAAUGCAGAGAACUGAAAGACAUUCAUUUUGGGCAAUGUUACAAGAUCUCAGAUGAAGGAAUGAUCAUUAUAGCUAAAGGCUGUCUGAAGUUGCAAAGAAUAUACAUGCAAGAGAACAAAUUA